AUGGUGUAUAAUUUUGAGGUUGAAAGCCGUGAGGCCUGUAUGCACGCAAUAAGCACUAGCGUGUAUCACGUGUAUAUUCAUCUACAUCGCAAUAAUUACUAUCAAGUUAAGGUCAUUGGUGGGAUUUACGAUACCACCUUGUCGUACACGGAAUUUGCAACCACAGGGCUUCGGACACUUAUGAAGGUCUCCAGACUAGCCCACAUUAUCGACUACUUCUGCCGACCAUUCCUCGACAGCUUAACAUCUCCUUUCGAGUGGGUGGAAGAAGAGGCUACCUUUGAAGAUGUCAGAAAUGGCGACUUCAAUCAGAAGAAGGGUUUUGCGAAGCUAGAAUGCUGUCGCAAAAGGGCCAGGGAAGAUGAAUACGAUUGGGUCUGGGUUGACACAUGUUGCAUUGACAAAUCAAGCCCCGCGGAACUUAGUGAGGCCAUCAAUUCAAUGUAUCUUUGUUACGCAUAUUUAUCAGACUUAGAGGAGAUCGGCUCUUUGGAUCAAAGCAAAUGGUUCACUCGUGGAUGGACAUUACAGGAACUCAUAGCACCACGUCAUCUACUACUAUUUGAUAUGCACUGGCGACUAUUAGGAACAAAGAACGAGCAUGCAGCUGCUAUCGAACGCAUCACAGGUGUUCUCAGGGAUGUCAUACUCGGAAAUCUUUACCCGGGAUACUGCAAUGCUGCCCAAAGAAUUUCAUGGGCUUCAAAACGAGAAACCACCCGGAAAGAAGAUAUGGCCUAUUGCUUGAUGGGGCUGUUCGAUAUUCAUAUGCUGCCAAUGUAUGGGGAGGGCUCCGAAAAUGCAUUUCUUCGACUUCAGCAAGAAAUUCUUAAGCGAACUUCGGACCAAACUCUAUUCCUAUGGACGGCUUCUCAUGAGCCCUACAAUCAAGGUCUACUAGCAACUUCCCCAAGUGCGUUCUGUACUCAUUAUGAAUGCUUCAGUUGGCUGCCGUCUUACUUGACGAUGUACGAUGGUUUCUGGAGUCCCUAUGCUUCCCUCAUUCCGUCAAAUCAUACACCUAGCAGUUUGCAGUACAACAAGCAAACUGCUAGGUAUGUUAAUGGCCCUUCAGUCGAUGUACAAUCUGCUUUCGGAUCUAAUGGCCUACAGUUAUCUCUUCUUUACUGUGACAACCACAGUCAAGGUUCACAUAAAUUCAACAAUCCACUUCCACAAACGUACAUAAUAAUUUGCCUCGACGUUUUGGCUCGGAGCGAGGAUAAAAUAUUCCUAACUCUGAUACGCGAAUACGCUCCGAAUCCUUAUAUUACUAGAAUGAGUAUAGAUAGAAUGGGGGCUUUUUGA